AUGGCCCUACCUCAACCUCAAGAUCUUCGUGUAGUAGAUGAAGCCGAGCAGAUCAAGACUUUGGAUCUGCUAUUCGAGCCCAGUCCAGCAAUCCAUUCCACUCUCCUCCCAAUUGUGCGAGGCGCAGAGUAUACAUCAUACCCGGAGUUAAUUGAGGCCUGCAGGACUCGCCUCGCCUCACUCGCCUCCUCGAACUCGUCAGCCAACCCAGAUGAGACUCUUCUCUCAAUUCUCGGGUCACAUCCCCGUUUAGGGGCCAAGAAGGUUGACUCAGCACAGUCAGCUGCAGAGCAGGCCAACCUGCAAGGCCAAGGCGAAGAAUUGGCAAAACUGAACAAGGAGUAUGAGGAAAAGUUCCCCGGAUUACGAUAUGUCGUUUUUGUGAACGGACGGGGAAGACCUGAGAUCAUGGAGAACAUGAAGGCUAGAAUUUCUCGAGGCGACUUUUCGAAAGAGGUUGACGAAGCGCUACAGGCAAUGUGCGAUAUUGCAAACGACCGAGCUUCCAAGCUGGGUGUGAAGCCAUAG